AGGCGGCAAUAAUCACAUUCGGAUUGUGCGGACAAGGAAAAUCUGGAUACGACACUAAGUCCUGCCAACUCAGUCUACAUUAUUUCCCAGCGGCCUCCUACAAGCGUGCGAUUUGAGCAAAGCGGUAGUUUCGGUUUCGGUGCCAUCGAUAGUUUACGAUCUCCAUUAAAAAUGCAGAAUUUGAAGAUCCAAGAGGAAAUUAACUCAUUGAUGGCUCUAGGCCAGCACUACGAUGAGCAGUUAAAGCUAGCAAGCGUCGAUUUGGGCGACUUCUCGGACGAUGAUAUGGCGCUCCUUGACAAAUGCGUCCAAUAUUAUGCACUUCUGCACAUCCACGACUUCAAUCUGAACUACUUGCGCGACUUCUACAGCGCCAAGAAGCGGGAAUGCAUAGAAAAUCGGCAGACCACAGUGCAGCAACGCGUAGAGCUGCAGCGCAUCCAUUCGUCCAUCGAUGAGGCAGCUAGGGACGUAGUCAUGUUGGAGAGAUUUAAAGCCGCUGCGGAAGAGCGGCUCAUCCCGGACAUCGUCGUUACGCAGCGCAACAGCCAACAGCUUGCAACAAAACAGGCCUUGAUGGACAGGCAAAAAACCCUUAAGAUUCCAAAGGAUUUCAACAUUGAAAGUAUCAUCGAGAAGGUAGAUUCACUGGAGCAGCGCUAAUGAAGUGUACUGCUUUUGUUUUUAAAAAAUUAUUUAAUUGUAUUUACUCAGUAAUGCAAAAACACUUUACAAAAACAUAAAAUCUGCAAAUUUAAAA